AUGGCCGAGCCUAUCAAGAACAGACGGGACCUCGUUGCGCCGACCCCGCAGAACACACCCGCUAACAAUGCUCCCAUCUCAUCCCACGCACAGCAACCCGGUGUUUCGAGCAUCCAGGAGGAUGACAUGGAGCGCGCCGCCGCCGCUUCCCUCUUCGCCCAGAACCCUGCCCUUGUAUCCAUGAUCCAAGGUCGCCUCGGCUCUCUGGUCGGCCGUUCCUCCGGUUACAUCGAGUCCCUCCCUGCUCCCGUCAAGCGCCGCGUUGCUGGUCUGAAGGGUAUCCAGAAGGAGCACUCGAAGUUGGAGGCCGAGUUCCAGGAGGAGGUUCUCCAGCUUGAGAAGAAGUACUUUGCCAAGUUCACCCCGCUUUACCAAAAGCGUGCCGAGAUCGUCAAUGGCGCCACCGAGCCCACUGAGGACGAGAUCAAGGCCGGUGAGGAGGACGAGGAGGACGAGGAGGACGACGAGCCUGCUGAGGCCGACAAGGCCGACGAGAAGCCUACCGAGGAGACGGCCGAGAACGUCUCUGGUAUCCCCGAAUUCUGGUUGUCCGCCAUGAAGAACCAGAUCUCCCUCGCCGAGAUGAUCACGGAUCGUGACGAGGCCGCUCUCAAGCACCUCGUUGACAUCCGCAUGGAGUACCUCGACAAGCCUGGCUUCCGCCUCAUCUUCGACUUCGCCGAGAACGAGUUCUUCACCAACAAGACCAUCACCAAGACCUACUUCUACCAGAACGAGAGCGGCUAUGGUGGUGACUUCAUCUACGAUCACGCCGAGGGUGACAAGAUUGACUGGAAGGAGGGCAACGACCUAACCGUUCGCGUUGAGAGCAAGAAGCAGCGCAACAAGAACACCAAGCAGACUCGCAUCGUCAAGAAGACCGUCCCCACCGAGUCCUUCUUCAACUUCUUCUCUCCUCCCAUGGCCCCCUCAGAGGAGGACGACGACGCCGCCUCCGACAUCGAGGAGCGCCUGGAGCUGGACUACCAGCUUGGUGAGGACAUCAAAGAGAAGCUCAUCCCCCGUGCCAUCGACUGGUUCACUGGUGAGGCCCUGGCAUUCGAGGAGAUUGAGGACUUUGACGAGAACGACCUCGAUGAGGAUGACGAGGAGGAUGAUGAUGACCUGAGUGACGACCGUGAUGAUGAUGAGGAAGAGUCCGAGGAAGAUGACGACGGUGCUAAGCCCAACAAGGAAGCUGCCGAGUGCAAGCAGAGCUAG